GUUACCCGGGCCCAACGUCACUGGGCGACUGGCAGAUGCGUGCUGCAGGCCCCGGCCACCGGAGCAGCGCUACGGAUGCGACUGCCCUGGCCUUGGAUAUGCCAGAUCGAGUGUCCACCCGUCCGUGGGACUGGUCGCCUGACUCGGCCUGCCCCAGCCUCUGCUUCACCACACUGGUGGCCAAAUAGCCGAUGUCUAAUUCCCCACACAAGCUCAUCCCCGGCCUCUGGCGAUUGUUGGGGAAUUCCCUCCCUAAUUCACUCCUAAGGCUCAUAGAGAGUUGUUAGACCUGGAACUGCCCAGGUUGGCGCACACAACCAGGUGGGGUGGCAGCCAAGACCUCUCCCAUGUCCCUGCUUUUCUUAGGUGAGUGUCCUACGGUCCUGCCCACAGCCCUCCGCAGGGCAGGGCAGGGCAGGGCAAGUCCUGGUGGGACUGGCCUUUGCCCUCUGGCAGUUCAAGACCACUGAUCUGGAGUUCUGGCUCCUCAGAACUCUUGAGUCUAUUGGGAAGGACCAGCCUGGCCUUCCCAGCACUGGAUUCUAAGCUCCGGGAGGAUAAAUCUGGCCCCAAGAAUCCUGCUCCCAGGAGCCUCUGCCCACCCUCCCCCAUAGCUCGGUGACUCAGCCCGGCAACCAUGCCAGGGCUGAACUAGCUGACACAGUGGGAGGAGCCCUGAAGUGGAAGACAGAGAUCCUUCUUUCACUUUCCCUACCCCUCAGGACACCCAGGACAGCCAUGGCUCCAAAGCGGAAGUGCCCGGUACAGACUGAGGGCCCUGAGAAGAAGGGCCGGCAGGGGGGAAGGGAGGAGGACCCCUUCCGCUCCACCGCUGAGGCCCUCAAGGCCAUGCCCGCAGAGAAACACAUAAUCCGUGUGGAUCCAACAUGUCCACUCAGCAGCAACCCUGAGACCCAGGUGCAUGAGGACUACGACUGCACCCUGAACCAGACCAACAUCGGGAACAACAACAACAAGUUUUACAUCAUGCAGCUGCUCCAAGAUGGCCACCGCUUCACCUGCUGGAACCGCUGGGGCCGUGUGGGAGAGGUAGGCCAGUCGAAGAUCAACCACUUCACAAGGCUAGAAGAUGCAAAGAAGGACUUUGAGAAGAAAUUUCGGGAAAAGACCAAGAACAAGUGGGCAGAGCGGGACAGCUUUGUGUCUCACCCGGGCAAGUAUACACUUAUCGAAGUACAGGGAGAAGAUGAGGCCCAGGAAGCUGUGGUGAAGGUGGAUGGAGGCCCAGUGAGGACUGUGGCUAAGCAGGUGCAGCCCUGCUCCCUGGACCCAGCCACGCAGAAGCUCAUCACUAACAUCUUCAGCAAGGAGAUGUUCAAGAACACCAUGGCCCUCAUGGAUCUGGAUGUGAAGAAGAUGCCCCUGGGAAAGCUGAGCAAGCAACAGAUUGCACGAGGCUUCGAGGCCUUGGAGGCUCUGGAGGAGGCCCUGAAAGGCCCCACGGAUGGUGGCCAAAGCCUGGAGGAGCUGUCCUCCCACUUUUACACUGUCAUCCCGCACAACUUCGGCCGCAGCCAGCCCCCGCCCAUCAACUCCCCUGAGCUUCUGCAGGCCAAGAAGGACAUGCUCCUGGUGCUGGCAGACAUCGAGCUGGCCCAGGCCCUGCAGGCAGCCCCUGAGCAGGAGAAGAUGGUGGAGGAGGUGCCGCACCCCCUAGACCGACACUACCAGCUUCUCAAGUGCCAGCUGCAGCUGCUAGACUCUGGAGCACCUGAGUACAAGGUGAUACAGACCUACUUAGAUCAGACUGGCAGCAACUACAGGUGCCCUACUCUUCGACACGUCUGGAAAGUAAACCGAGACGGGGAGGAAGACAGAUUCCAGGCCCACUCCAAAUUGGGUAAUCGGAAGCUGCUGUGGCAUGGCACCAACACGGCCGUGGUGGCCGCCAUCCUCACUAGUGGGCUCCGCAUUAUGCCACAUUCUGGUGGGCGUGUUGGCAAGGGAAUCUACUUUGCCUCAGAGAACAGCAAGUCAGCUGGCUAUGUUACUGGCAUGAACUGUGGGGCCCACCAUAUCGGCUACAUGUUCCUGGGUGAGGUGGCCCUGGGCAGAGAGCACCGUAUCACCACGGACAACCCCAGCUUGAAGAGCCCACCUCCCGGCUUUGACAGUGUCAUUGCCCAAGGCCACACCGAGCCUGAUCCAACCCAGGACACAGAGCUGGAGCUGGAUGGCCAGCGAGUUGUGGUGCCCCAGGGCCAGCCUGUGCCCUGCCCAGAGUUCAGCAGCUCCACAUUCUCCCAGAGCGAGUACCUCAUCUACCAGGAGAGCCAGUGUCGCCUGCGCUACCUGCUGGAGGUCCGCCUCUGAGUGCCCGCCCUGUCCCCCGGGGUCCUGCAAGGCUGGACCGUGAUCUUCAAUCGUCCUGCAUAUCUCUGGUACCCCAUAUCACUCCUUUUUUUCAAGGAUACAAUACGUUGUUGUUAACUAUAGUCACCAUGCUGUACAAGAUCCCUGAACUUAUGCCUCCUGUCUAACUGAAAUUUUGUAUUCUUUGACCCACAUCUGCCCAGUCCCUCUCCUCCCAGCCCAUGGUAACCAGCAUUUGACUCUUUACUUGUAUAAGGGUAGCUUUUAUAGGUGCCACAUGUAAGUGAGAUCAUGCAGUGUUUGUCUUUCUGUGCCUGGCUUAUUUCACUUAGCAUAAUGUGUACCAUAUUCACCCAUGUUUUCACAAAUGACAAGAUUUCCUCCUUUUUUAA